UUGAGAGAUGCUGGCCUUGAAAAAAAGGAUAUCAAGCAUGUUAUUCUAGUUGGAGGAAUGACAAAGAUGCCAUAUAUACGAAAGUUAGUCAAAGAGAUCUUUGGAACCGACCCCAUCACGGACGUGGAUCCAGACGAGGCUGUGGCACAAGGUGCAGCAAUACAGGCAGGAAUUCUAUGUGGAUCAGUGGACGGCAUGCUGCUAUUGGACGUUACGCCACUCAGUCUUGGAAUUGAAACGCUAGGUGGGGUAUUCAGCAAAAUCAUAAACAGAAACACGACGAUACCGUUUAAGCAAACGGAGACUUUUUCUACGUCAGAAGACAAUCAAACAGAAGUUGACAUUAGAAUUUAUCAGGGCGAGAGGCCCCUUGUUUCUGGAAAUAUGUUUCUGGGAUCGAUUAAGUUGAAGAAUAUCCCAAAAGCAUCUCGUGGAAAGCCCAAAAUAGAUGUUACGUUUGAGGCCGACUCAAAUGGGAUUAUAAAAGUAAGCGCAGAGGACAGCAUUAGCAAAAAAAGACAGGAAAUUGAAAUAACACCGUCGUCGGGUCUGACCGAGGAGGAGGUUCUAAGAAUGAUAAAAGAAGCUGGAGACCAAAGAGAAAAGGACAGAAAAGCAGCCGAAGCCAUCGAUUUUAGAAAUGAGCAUCAAAAACACUUAGAGUAUCUCCUUGGCUCGUCGAUUAAGCUUCCCGAGGAUGUUGCUAAAAUGGCUCACGACCUGAAGAGCCUAAUUUCUGAGGAGGUGUUUGAUGUAAAACUCGCAAAAAGCCAGCUUAAGCAGAUAGAAAAACGGAUGACUUUAUGA